CCUUCCUCAGCUCCAACUCAGCCUCCACUGUUACUAAAAAAUAAAAAUCGCUAAAGGAGCUCAGUCGCCACAUCUACUUUGUAUGUAUCGUAGCCGGACACAAGCCUAUUUACAACUCUGGCCACUUCAUUUUAUGUUUUCUUUUAAUUUUUUUUUCUGGUUAUGUUUGACUUUUUAUGGAAAGGUGAAGACUACAAGGUUUUUUAACUGAAUGCUCUUGAUUUCUUUUAGGAUAGCUGGCUAUUUGGAAUUUUGAAGGAUAAUUUGAUUUUUUUUUUUUCUUUUCUAACGUCCAAUGCGGCUGUAAGUUCCGUCACUCCAAAUCCACCCACCAAGGACCCUGACCCUGUCCACUCCAGGCGAAUCGAGACCGUCCGGCUGGGUCCCCCCAAUUUGGGCCGACUUUGCGCCUCCAAACAACCUUAGCAUGAUGUCUUAUCUAAAGCAACCGCCUUACGCAGUCAAUGGGCUGAGUCUGACCACUUCGGGUAUGGACUUGCUGCAUCCCUCCGUGGGCUACCCCGGGCCCUGGGCUUCUUGUCCUGCAGCCACUCCCCGGAAACAGCGAAGGGAGAGGACGACAUUCACUAGGGCACAGCUCGACGUUCUGGAAGCUCUGUUUGCCAAGACCCGAUACCCUGACAUCUUCAUGAGGGAGGAGGUGGCGCUGAAAAUCAACUUGCCAGAGUCCAGGGUGCAGGUAUGGUUUAAGAAUCGGAGAGCUAAGUGCCGCCAACAGCAGCAGCAGCAGCAACAGAACGGAGGUCAGAACAAAGUGAGGCCUGCCAAGAAGAAGAGCUCUCCAGCUCGGGAAGUGAGUUCAGAGAGUGGAACGAGUGGCCAGUUCACCCCCCCCUCUAGUACCUCAGUCCCAACCAUUGCCAGCAGCAGUGCUCCAGUGUCUAUCUGGAGUCCAGCUUCCAUCUCCCCACUGUCUGACCCCUUGUCCACUUCCUCCUCCUGCAUGCAGAGGUCCUAUCCCAUGACCUAUACUCAGGCUUCAGGUUAUAGUCAAGGCUAUGCUGGCUCAACUUCCUACUUUGGGGGCAUGGACUGUGGAUCUUAUUUGACCCCUAUGCAUCACCAGCUUCCUGGACCAGGGGCCACACUCAGUCCCAUGGGUACCAAUGCUGUUACCAGCCAUCUCAAUCAGUCCCCAGCUUCUCUUUCCACCCAGGGAUAUGGAGCUUCAAGCUUGGGUUUUAACUCAACCACUGAUUGCUUGGAUUAUAAGGACCAAACUGCCUCUUGGAAGCUUAACUUCAAUGCUGACUGCUUGGAUUAUAAAGAUCAGACAUCCUCAUGGAAAUUCCAGGUUUUGUGAAGACCUGUAGAAGCUAUUUUUGUGGGUGAUUUUUAAAUACGCUGGGCUGGACAUUCCAGUUUUAGCCAGGCAUUGGUUAAAAGAGUUAGAUGGAAUGAUGCUCUCAAGACUCCUGAUCAAAGUUACCGAGAGGCAUAGAAGGAAAAAGGAAGGGCCUUAGAAGGGUCCAUCAACCAGCAGCCUGAAAUGGACAAAGCAAUCUACUUAAGAUUCUGUUAUAGUUCUAGAUCAUUGGUUUCCUGAUUUGCAAAUGAUUGAUCAAAUAUAUUCUAGCGACAUGCAACCAAAUACCACUCAAAACAAAAUCA